AUGUCGCAUAAUCACCUUGAUGAAGAAACUCAAGGUAACGGAAUAUUCAACAAUGAUCAUACGAAUCGUCAUCGUAAUUCAAAUAAUUUAAAUUUAAAACCUAUUGCUGUUAUUGAUCAUAUAAAAACAAAAGUUAGACGAAGACGAGCAUCAAAUAAUAUUUCAACAGAAACACUCGACUCUCCAAAGAAUAAUAAUAAUAAUAAUAAAAAUAUUAAUGGAAAUCGUAAUAUUAAACAAACCACUCAAGAACAUCAUAGAUCAGAACCCAGAUUAGCAGUUCGUUCUCAAAUGAUUGAUUUAUCACAAACAUUACCCAAUCGACAUUUAGAUAAUAUUUAUGAUAAGAAAAACAAUUCCGAAAAUAAUUUAUUAAUUGCAAAACAUGGAAAUCGUACAAAUGUUUCUGAUCAUAUAGAUAAAGAUGAAAAUACAAAUGAAACUGUUCAAUCGGGAAUAGAUCAGAUAGAAGUUGAUAUUGAUAAUAAUCAAAAUCAAACACGAGCAAAAUCUCUUCCUGAACCACCAAUUGAAUUUAAUACAAAAAAACGACGUCGAACAGGACGAUGCAAGAAUUUUCAGAUUCGUGAUGAAGAAUUCAAUAAUAUCUUUAAUGAUUUACCAGCAAAUGAACAAUUAAUUGUUGCUUAUCCAUGUGCUUGGCGAAAAGAGAUUCUUAUGCAUGGACAAAUGUUUCUUUCAGUUAAUUAUAUAUGCUUUUAUACAUGUUUUCUUAAAUGGAAAGAAAGUUUAUGCAUUGCUUAUAAAGAUAUUGUAAAUAUUAAAAGAGAAAAAUCAACUAAAGUACUUCCAAAUGCAAUUAAAUUGCGUACAAAAAAUCGUGAACAAUAUGUUUUUGCUAGUUAUAUACCACGAGAACGAAUUUUUUUUAUUGUAUCUCGUCUAUGGCAAAAUUCUUUACUUGAACAACCAUUAAACUAUGAACAAUUACGAACUAGUAUUUUUACUGAUCAAUUUAAUAUUGAUGAAUCAAGUGAAGAUAGUGAAGGAUCUAUAGAAGGAGAACAUAAUCAUGAACAUCCUGUAAAACGUUAUCUUCAUUCUGAAUCAUCACCUCAAAUUCUCUCGAGUUAUUCGAAAAACGCAUCUACAACACCAAUGAUAUCAGAACAAGAGAUGGAUUCAUCAUUACCAAAUGAACAAGAAACAAAUUAUGCAUCAACAUGUCCAUGUGAAACUCAUUUAUCAAAAACAUUUGCUGAACGAGUAUUUUCAUAUGAUGUUGAUAUGCUUUUUGAAUUGAUAUUUGGUGAUAAUUCAUUUACACAUGAUUAUCAUGAGUCACAAAAAUUAUUAGAGUAUACUAUUGGUGAAUGGUAUAUAAAUAAUGAAACUGGUAAACGAGAACGUCAAGUAACAUAUAAAACAAUAACUCAAUCGAUUCUUGGUACUAAUAUGCUUACUUGUAAUGAAAAACAAAUAAUCGAAGCAGAAAAAUCUCAUUCAAUAUAUGUUGUUCGUACAGAUGUAUAUAAUGAAGGUAUGAAAUAUACGGAUGCAUUUUUUGUUUCAACACAAUUUUGUAUACUUCAACGUGAUAUUGAACAUUCUUCAUUACGUAUAAGUGCUGAAAUAAAUUAUAUUAAAAAUGUGAAUACUAUUGCUAAAACAUUUAUUGAAAAGAAUGCUAAUGCAUCAAUUGAAGGUGGUGUCAAUAAUCUAAGUAAAUAG